AUAUGUAUCAUGACAGCUACAUAUUUAAGAGACCAAAUGAAAUGCAUUUUGGUGGCUAUUGUGCCUAUUGUGUCCUUCGUAUGGCAUUAUCUGUCUUGUUUCUGAUAUACAGCAUCGAGGUGAGUUAUUCUUGUUGCACAUACACGAAGUGUCUCGGAAAUAUUAACAUGGCUUCUCCGCCAAUAGCGGCUGAUUUACUGUUCUGAAUUCUUUUUAUUAUAAUUAGUACAACAAAGUUCUAGUAAAUCAAAAUCCAAAACAACUGAAAGUAAGUCGAAGACAACACCUCAGCAGAAAGUAUGUACAAAAUAUCAAGCAAGUAUCUGUAAACAUGUUCAUCUAUGUUCUGUGCCAUAAAACUAAUGAACGACUGUAAAAGUAUAAUUAUUACACUUUUGUUCUAUUGUAGAUCAAAAGUAAAUAUUUUGAUAGCCUAAUCGGAAAAGAAUAUCUUUGACAUGUCGUUUAUUACUCUGAAGAACAUAACGAAGAAGGAUGGCGAGUUUUAUUGCAAGGGGAUUCCUUACGCAGAUUUUGAUCGAACAGGCCAUUGGGGUAUAUGGAAUAUUGCACGCAUGUUCGAAGCUUGCAGACAAAUAAUUUUUCAACAAAAUGGUUUCUUCUUGAAUGACAUAAAACAAAGCAAAGGAUAUGUGUGUGCGUAUGUUGUUCGAAGACAAAGAUUUAAACUACAUCAAAAGCUACACGACAACAUAAGCUUGUUUUCUCAUUUCCUUCCUAAGAUUACAAAUAAAUUAGUAGAGGUGGGCAACUCCUCCUUUACUGCACACAGCGAGCUUACCGAUAACUUCUCUGGCUCAGACGAAGUCCUUGCUGAAAGUUUUACUAGAAUUGUGAAAAUUAACAUGAACAUUAAGCAGUCGACACCAUUAGCCAUCGAAACCAAACAAGAGUUCUCGGAUUUAUACCGCCAUCCUUCUGAAAUAUGGCAGACCAAAGAAGUAUUUCCUGACAAAAGGAAUGACAUUACUUCCUGUUUGUUUUCUAUUCGUGUUCCAUAUAGCGAUACGGAUAGAUUACAGCACAUCACACACGUCAUGUACAGUAAAUACUACAUGGAUUGUGCCACCAACGCCAUCAAGACUGGCUUCUAUCGCCAUUUUGUCGAUGAUAUUUGCUGGUACCCCACCCUUGAAGUGGACAUUGAAUAUCUUGGUGACGCAGCGGCAGGAGAGGUCAUCGACAUUCUUACAUGGCAGGGCGAAAAUGCCCUACAUCUUUAUUUCGAGACAAAGAGACAUGGAAAAGUUAUCAAUAAAGCUGUAUUUGUCAUGGGACGGGAAAAAUCCAGAAAAAACAGACAUUCAAAAAUGUAGAGAUGACAUGUCGUUCUAACGUUGCGCAUCAAAUGAAAUGAAGAGAUAAAAUUAUGGUCAUAAAUGUUUUUUUUUUUUAUAUUUGAUAUGUUUAAGGACAAUUGCAACAAACAGAAAUUAGAUGCAUGGUUAUAUAUAUAUACACACACACACACACACACACACACACACACACACACACACACACACACACGUACAGUUUGCCCAACUCUUUAUUUUGUAUACCUUAAAGGUUAUGAGAUUGAUCACUGUUCGUUAUCUGUAAAUACUAAAUUUAUAAAAUAUUAGGUACAUGUACUUGCAUAUUGUCUAUGAUGCUAAAAAUUUGAUAUAUUGUUCAUCCCUUAUAUCUCAAAUAAUUCACACUGUAUUGAACAUGAGGUGAAAUGUAUUCUUUUUCGUAUUAAAACAUAGAUUUAGUAUCCAUUUUCAUCAUUCUGAUCAUUUUCCUCACCGCUUGAACAUAUAUUUAUGGAUGUAUCAUUAAUUAUCAGAAAUUAGGAAAAAAUAGAAGAAAUCAUAAAGAAUCGUUGUCUAAACAUUAUUUGGUGAUGUAUGUGUUAAUAGCGUUGUUGUUUUUUUUGUUGUGUGUUUUUUUUUAAAUAAACAGUGCAAUUAUUAUUUAAUUUUGGAUUAGAUAAAUUAUCAUAUGUUACAUCGUAGACAAUUAGGCCUGUUGGUUUAGUGUACAUGUACUUCACUUGCUGCAAAAGUAACCGAUUCUUAAAUGUACAGUUGAUUAAUGACAUAUAUUAUCCAAAUACUAUAGGCCUACUACGCAAUAUUCAAAACGUUAAAAAGUUUAAAAAUUUGAAUUAUAAAACAACGUAGGCCCGUAGGAAGCAAUUUCACUUUGGGGGGGGGGGGGGGGGACCACACCAAAGUAAUUUACGACAAAAAAGUGAUAUCGACAAAACCAUUAGUAAAAAGAUAACUGCAUAAAUAUGUGCAAGCAUUGAGGUGUACGUCAUGUACAUAAAUCUAAUUAUGUACAUAGAAUCUAAUUAGUUUCCCAGAAAACCCCUCAACUUUAAUUUUAAGUUUUGUUUGGUUUUUUUUGGAGGGGGGGGGGGUGUUAAGGAUUUUUAAAAAUCUUUUUGUUUUUGUUUAUAUCUUUAUCAUUUUGUUAUCAAUCAUUUCUGAAUCAUAAGGUAUUUAGUACUCGGUAAACUUUCCAAAAAUUGCCAGUCUGUGUUCACUUUCACUUACGAACUCCUCAACUAUUUUUUCUGGAUUCAGUUCACCAGUCUCAUUUUUAUGAACAUGCAAUAAAAGCAAAUUGUUU